AUGCCUCCACGGAAGCGCAUCAGAGAGGGGGGCGAGGCUGCUGAGCCGGUGGCUAAGCGACGCUCGUCACGACAGGCGGCAGCAUCAAUCAAAAAAGCCGACGAAGAGGAACAAGCUGCAACGGAAGUGAACAAGGCUGCUCGGCCCAAGGUUGCUGAAAGGGAAACCAAGAGCAAGAAUGAGAGCGUCGGCAAGCCAGCAGCUACAACAACAGACGACAAGAAAAAGGCUGCCAAAAAGGCCAACAAGACGGGUGCAAAGAAGAAAGAUGACCAAACGGCAUCAUCAGCUGGUGACAAAGCCAAGGCCGAACGCGCCGCCUCCCAAGACCCCGACAUUGACGCCAUCCCGGCAACGAACCCAGAUGCGCCGCGUCACGACGGCGAGUGGUACUGGCUGAUGAAGGCCGAGCCGGAGACGCGACUUGAGAAUGGCAUCGACGUCAGGUUCUCCAUUGAUGAUUUGCGGGCAAAGGAGAAGCCCGAAGGGUGGGAUGGAAUAAGAGCGUAUGCGGCGCGCAAUCACAUGAGAAACAUGAAUCAGGGCGACAAAGCCUUCUUCUACCACUCCAACUGCAAGGAGCCCGGCAUCGCGGGCAUCAUGGAGAUUGUCAAGGAGUUUUCCGAAGACAGCAAGUUUACCUUGUCUCAAAGCGCUCGUCGUCCAGGAACGCCCUACUACGACCCGCAAUCCUCAAAGGACAAUGUCCGCUGGAGUCUGGUCCACGUCGAGUUCAGAAAGAAGUUUGCCGUGCCCAUCAGCCUCAAGGAGCUGCGCGAGCUGGGCAAGCCGGGCGGUCCGCUGGAGAACAUGCAGAUGCUGAAGCAGGGCCGUUUGAGCGUGAGUAGAGUCAGUGCGGAGGAGUGGAAGGCGCUCUGUGAGAUUGCUGAUAAGAAGGCGGAGGAGGCUGGACUGAAGCACGAGACGACCAAGUUGACGAAAUGA